ACAGAUCUUUGCUUAAUUGUGGAAAAUGUAAAACCCAGACAGUUAAUUGUGGUAAAAUAAUGCUAAUUCUACAUGCACAUACAAUUAUGUUAUAGACCGUUCUGCUGCAGUAGUUUUCGCUGGAGCUACCAAACAUUGUAUUUUUAGCACUGAAUUGUAAUGCCUCUGUUUGUGUGCAGCAGAUUGGAUUUGAUCCAUUGUUAUUUACGCACCAAUAAUAGCUAGAAGUUAUGUAAGGGAUAAAGUACAAUUAGCUGGUUGUUAUCAUGAAAUAAACCUCCAACUGGGUGACCAGGCAGGACCUCAUGAGACAUAAUGGCAAUUUGUAGCACUGGUCUGACUGUUCAGGCGACUGUCCCGAAACUCACUGGCCCGGGCCAUCAGGUGAUACUUAUUGUCCUAAGCUAAUUGAAUUAUUAUUAGUCAUCUCGCUGUGAGUCACACUGCAGUACAUUCCUUCAGUGCGUGCACGUGUGUGAGAGCACAUCUGACUCUUUCCAAGAUAACUAGUAGAUAACAAGCAUUGUGCAAGGAAUUCAGUGUACUUAGAACUUCGUCUGAACAAAGGAUUUCCCAUCAGCCUGAUUCUAGGUCAGUGUUCACCGCCCUGCCAUGUACCCAGUGUCUUUAUGAUUCACCGUUUUCCGCAUGGUCAUGAACAUAGACUGGCUGACUCUUUAUCGGGGCACUGGAGAUGUGUCAUGGUGCAGUUAUCAAUGAGGUGUUUUGUACUCUUGCUGACCUCAGCUAUAUAACUGACACAGUGGAACUGCGCUCUCCCUCCCUCUCGCUCUCCUUGGAAAUCACAUAAGCGAUGAGGGCUUUGUUUUAUUAAAGUCAUAGUCCAGCCCAAAUUGAAAAAUCUGUCAUUAUUUACUUACCUCAUGCAAUUCCCAACUUGUUUGUUCGGCGGAGCUCAAAAGUACAAAACUUUUUUUAAUCAGUUCGCGUGACCACAUCUGCCAAGCUCCAGAAAUAACGAAAACACUGCAAAGCCCACUGGAUAUAUCAUAUUUUCAUAUAUCGAAGCCUGUACAUGAGCAGAGGCUAGACGUGAUUGAAAUUAAUAUAAGUGAAUAACUUGUGAAUAAGUGAAUAACGCAAGUCACACCGCUACCUUUUUGUGUUUUCUGUUCUAUUUGAAGCUUGUCAGACGUGGCCACUAUGAACCGGCAAUGUUUGCACGAACUCCUAUAAUGCAAUUAAAGCAGUACUGCAGUUAAGUUGGAGCUUGUGUAAACAGGAUACUGUAAUUAUGUUAAUAUGAUUAUGCUUACAACCUGAGUAACCAUCAUUGCAGUAAAAUGCACAUUUUAUAACCACACUUACAGUAUAUGAGAGUGCUUUAAUCACAUUUAAUGCGCUCUUUCCAAAGUGUGCUUUUUUUAUUAAAGAAACAGAAAUUAUACUGUAUAAACACUUUAUGAGAGCAUUAUAGACACAUUUAUAUUACUAGUUAAGCACCAAGUGUACAUGUGCUAGUGCUACAUACGAAUGAGGUAGGUUUAGUCUUUUAGAACAUUUUUGAAUUUGACAAAUAAAACCAGCAACAAAUUUAAGUUAAACAUUAAAUGUAGUUUGGAAAACAAAUGAAGAGGUACAGAUAAAACCACAUUUAUUAGCAAGUAAACAAAGUAGCCUUGAAAAGCAGGAUUGAAAACUGGGGUUUGCCCAUGUCAUGUAAACCUACAUUAUGUUAUAAUCCAAGUAAUUCCUCACUCUGACUAAUGGUGUAAAUGUAAACUUUUGCCAUUGUGUAGAAACUGCAGUGUUUAGGUUCGUUGAAAAUGUCACGCGUUUUGUUCCACAGACUCGACACGAGGCUAGGCAAACAAUGACUAUGCAUUUCACUGCAUCUUCCCCAGCGCAACGUUAAACGGUACUUAACCAGGACAAAAGUUCACUUGGCAGCACCUUUCAGAAAAAGUUCCAGCUUUUCACUUUCUGUUCUAUAAUUUUUCAAAUAACCCGACACUCAGCGAGUUAAUGGUUAAUCCCACCAGAGCCACGGUGCUAAUGUGCACAGCGCAGCAUGUUAACGUUCUCUUUAAAGUCCGGUUUAGCAAUAUGGCAUGUGGGAGCAUAACACAAUGAGCCUUUAUGAGGGAUGGAGGCUAUGACUGAAGAAGCUCUCUUAGGUCCAAAAGAAGCCGUGGCUGGCAGCGUUGUCUUGUGAUAAACCCUUCUUUAAGACAAAUAAGUUUGUCCUCAGCACUCUGGAUUGUGCAAUAAGAGCAGCAGAGAUGACCUGCAAGUGUGGGACGUUACAUAAGCCAUGAAAAAUAAAUUAACUUCUGAUGAGCAACAACAUCUAGACUGAUCAACAACAGAUACUUUGGCCUUCACUUGAAAACCAUGUUAGUGUGCACAAAGGUCUUUUGAUACACAACUAUUGCAGUUGUGUCACAAGCACGGUUUUCAAAGUAUUGCCUGUGUAAUGCAGGAAAUCACGUUGGGUCUGUGAAUAGGGGUGUGGCUUUGCUGUUUUCCUUUUUUUUGAAGUCUACUUGACAUCCGUCAGGGAAUAGGGAAGUGAAACCAGAUUCAGCCAAGUCUGUGUAACUGUCAACAUACUCCGGUGAAAAGAGCACAAACCGUCUCAAAGGACAUUAACCUUUUGGAAGAAAAGAAUAUUGCAUUUUUAAUGAGUGUGCUUAAAAUAAUCUUGAAGAUUACUUCACUUGCGCACACUCUAGAGUAUAAAUGUAAAAUGACUUAUACCUCAUUUAUAAAGACAAAUAGCAGCAUUUUUCUGAUUUAAGGGAAACAACGGUGUAAUAUUUCAACAAUGCCAACUUGGCUUGACACAGCAACUUGGUAUGGUGGACUUCUAACCAGGCAGAAGAAACAUGGCUCUCUAUCCCUAAGCGAUCAUCAGUUGUGCCUUUAUUUCUUCAUGACACGCGGAUGGGUUUAGACAUUGUUCCGCUGCAGUCGCCAUCCAUUUCCUACUUAUAUCAGUAACAUUCUAGGUCUCGGAGAAUGAUAUGUCCAAGAAAGAAGAGGCCCAUCAAAGAUGAGGAUUUCUCUGCCAUCGUGGUGCCCUCCAUGAAGGGUCACGGUUACUUGGAUUACACAGUUGAAAGUCAUCCCUUUAGAUCAAUGCAGAUCAUGGACGAGCUCCGCCACCAUGGAUUGCUCUGUGAUCUGGUUCUACAUGUAACUUACAAAGACAAGAUAGUGGAUUUUAAGGUGCAUAAACUGGUGCUGGCUGCCUGCAGUCCUUACUUCAAAGCCAUGUUCACCAGCAACUUCAAGGAAUGCCAUGCCUCGGAGGUCACCUUGCGAGACGUGUGCCCUCAGGUCAUCAGCCGCCUCAUUGACUUUGCCUACACCUCCCGUAUAACAGUGGGCGAGAAGUGCGUUCUUCACGUCCUCUUGACUGCGAUGCGCUAUCAGAUGGAAGAGGUGGCCAAAGCGUGCUGCGAUUUCCUCAUGAAGAACUUGGAGCCGUCAAAUGUCAUAGGCAUCUCGAGAUUUGCAGAGGAGAUCGGCUGCACCGAUCUGUACCUUCGCACACGAGAGUAUAUCAACACUCACUUCAAUGAGGUAACCAAAGAGGAAGAGUUCUUCAGUUUGUCCCAUUGCCAGCUGCUGGAGUUGAUCAGUCAGGACAGUCUAAAGGUGCUCUGCGAGUCUGAAGUCUACAAGGCCUGCAUCGACUGGGUUCGCUGGGAUGCGGAAAGCCGAGCGCAGUACUUCCAUGCCCUCCUCAACGCGGUUCACAUCUACGCCCUGCCGCCCACAUUCCUCAAAAGACAACUGCAGUCCUGUCCUAUUCUCAGUAAGGCCAACUCCUGCAAGGACUUCUUGUCCAAGAUCUUCCAGGACAUGGCUCUUCGAAAACCUCUGCCUCCCGCUCCUCAUCGUGGGACUCAACUCAUCUACAUAGCGGGAGGUUACAAGCAGCACUCUUUGGACUCUCUAGAAGCUUUUGACCCACGGAAGAAUGUCUGGAUAAAGCUGGCUGACAUGGGAUCUUCUUGUAGCGGGCUCGGGGCAUGCGUGUUGUUCGGGCUCCUUUAUACGGUCGGGGGACGGAAUCUCUCUCUGCAGAACAACACGGAGUCUGGAUUUUUGUCCUGUUACAACCCCAUGACUAACCAGUGGACCCAGCUGGCUCCGCUCAACACGCCCAGAAACCGAGUGGGUGUCGGGGUCAUUGACGGCAGCAUUUAUGCCGUAGGGGGUUCACAUGCCUCUACACAUCACAACAGCGUUGAGAGGUAUGACCCAGAGACAAACCGCUGGACAUUUGUGGCCCCUAUGUCAGUGGCGCGGCUGGGGGCCGGAGUGGUCUCGUGCGGAGGAAGUCUCUAUGUGGUGGGAGGAUUCGACGGGGACAACCGGUGGAACACGGUCGAGCGCUAUCAACCAGACACGAACACCUGGCAGCACAUGGCACCUAUGAACACAGUUCGGAGCGGUCUCGGGGUGGUGUGUAUGGAUAACUACCUCUAUGCAGUCGGUGGCUACGAUGGUCAAACCCAGCUCAAAACAAUGGAGAGAUAUAACAUCGCCCGAGACGUGUGGGAACCCAUGGCCUCUAUGAACCAAUGCCGCAGUGCACAUGGAGUCACGGUCUACCAAUGCAAGAUUUAUGUGUUAGGUGGAUUCAAUCAAGGGGGUUUCUUGUCCAGCGUGGAAUGCUACUGUCCAUGCAGUAAUGUAUGGACAUAUGUAACAGAUAUGCCCGUCGGGCGCAGUGGGAUGGGUGUUGCUGUAACCAUGGAGCCCUGUCCUGGAAUCCUGCCAGAGGAGGAUGAAGACGAGGAGAUGUAAUGUAGAAGUUUGACCCGUGCCAUUUUGAAGACAGCACAUUGCAUUUCCUUCAAACUUCUUAAUGCAUGUGAUGCCAAUAAAGACGUUUGUAAUUUAGGCUAAUUUGAAUGUUUUUUUUUUUUUGAUAGAUUUUAUUUCAUUACAAAGUGUGUGUGAUUUAAAGAGAGAAACAUUGCUAAUCACUGGACUAAUGAAAAUCCGAUCACUUUGUAAGGACUGAAAGAAAAUCCCGUGACUGAGACACACGCAAUCGUUUUGUUGAACUGCUAAAAAUUAUUUUGUGAGUUCGUUCUGUAAUCUUUUUGAUGCCUUGUAAAUGCACUGUUUAAUGUGCACACCUGAUAAAACACUGAAAUCUAAAAA